GCGGGGCCGGCGGGGCGCGAUGGCGGAGGGCGGGGACCCGCCCGCCCCGGGCAGCGCAGGGCGCAACCUGAAGGAGUGGCUGCGGGAGCAGUUCUGCGACCACCCGCUGGAGCACUGCGAGGACACCCGGCUGCACGACGCGGCCUUCGUGGGGGACCUGCCCACGCUGCGCAGCCUGCUGCAGGACGAGAGCUUCCAGAGCCGGAUCAAUGAGAAGUCGGUGUGGUGCUGCGGGUGGCUGCCCUGCACCCCCCUGCGCAUCGCGGCCACCGCCGGCCACGGCCCCUGCGUCGACUUCCUGCUGCGCAAAGGGGCCGAGAUCGACCUGGUGGACGUCAAGGGGCAGACAGCCCUCUACGUGGCCGUGGUCAACGGGCACCUGGAGUGUGCCAAGAUCCUGCUGAAGGCCGGCGCUGACCCCAACGGCAGCCGGCACCACCGCAGCACCCCGGUGUACCACGCGGCACGCGUGGGGCGUGCCGACAUCCUGCGGGAGCUCAUCAGGUACGGCGCGGACGUGGACGUGAACCACCAGCUGGCUUCCCGCGGGCCGGGGCAGGCGCUGCGGCCGCUGACCACGCUGGUGGUGUGUCCCCUGUACAUCAGCGCUGCCUACCACAACCUGCCCUGCUUCCGUCUGCUGCUGCAGGCGGGAGCCAACCCGGAUUUUAACUGCUGCGGGCCCAUCAACGUGCAGGGCUUCUCGCGGGGCUCGCCCGUGUGCGUGCUGGACGCCGUCCUGCGGCACGGCUGCGAGCCGGCCUUCGUCCGCCUCCUCAUUGACUUUGGAGCAGAUCUCAACCUCGUCAAGGUGGAGGCCUUGGGAGUUGAGGCCACGGGGAGGGUCAAGGUGAAUGCCGAGGCGCUGGAGGUGUUCAAAGAAGCGAGGGGUGAGUGGGUUUGGGUCCCUGGAGUGGCGCCGCAGAUGCAGGAGAGCACUUUGGAGGGGUUGUUUGGAAGUGAAGGUGCCGCUGAGGUGGUGGGGUGGGUGUUGGUGUCCUCACUUCAAGGAUCUUCAGCAAUCAGAUAAUGGGGUCUAACAAGCUGAGAAACAAAGCAUUAAUGACUUCUCCGCUCUCUGCUUUUCCCCUGUUGCAUUUUUUACCUUCACGUGGUAUUUUCCCCUCUUGAGUCCUUCAGCAGCAAAACCUCUGUCUGUUACUCCACCUUUUUCAUCUCUCCCAGCUCUUUUCCAUUGCCUGCUCAUGUAGGCAAGGUGUAGGGGUCCCAUCCGAGCUGGACUUUGGAGCUGUGGAUCACCAGUGGCAUCUAGUUCUCCAGAGCCAUACAGGUGUGUCCCAGCUUCCUGUGUGACCCUGGGCUCUGGAUCCAGGAGGGAGUUUAAUCUGGACAGACUGGUUGGGAAGGAAAGCCACAAACACAGAUAAGAAGUGGUAAGGGGGCAGGAGCAAGCUUGGAUGGAAGUGAAAAAAGGUGGGGAAAAGCGCAGCACCUUGGAAGCCCACCUGGUAAAGGCCACAGCUUUGCACCAGGGGUGGAAGUAAAGUUUCCCUCUUGAAUUCCAGAGAAAUUUCAAAGGGAUUCAGGCUCUGGGAUACAAUUCAUAUCCCCAGGUUACUCAGCUUUGCAUGGGCCUGAUUUUCAAACCUGCUUGGGAUUCUGAGGGGAGAAGCUCACAUAAGCUGGAGUUCCGUUAGGCCUGGGUUGAGGAGGCAAAUGGGAUUCCUGAGGUGGAGCAUAUGGGAUAAUGGAGUGAUGCCAUGGAGGUCCAGUUCCUGAAUCAACAUGGGCACCAGCAUCCUCUUGUCCCUGUGCUGGAAGAGCUCUCCAUGGAUGCAGAGGAAGCCCUCAAAAGAAAGUUGGGAUAAGGUCUGAGCUGGCUGUCGGUGCUGUUGUUUUGCAGGGGAUGGGUGGGGAAAAAAAUACGAUCUACAUAACUUUAAAAUGAUCCAAAUAGAAUUGUGGAGGUGGACGGGAUCCACGGGGAUCAUCCAGUCCAAGCCCUGGCCCUGCACAGACAACCUGACAAUCCCACCCUUUGCAUCCCUAAGAGCCCUGUCCAAACACUUCUGGAGCUCUGGCAACCUUGAGGCUGUGACCACUCCCUGGGGAGCCUGGGCAGUGCCCAGAACCCUCUGGGGGAAGAACCUUUCCCUAAAAUCCAACCUAAACCCCCGGUACAGCUCCAGCCUCUCCCUCAAGUCCUGCAGUGGGCUCGGCAGUGAUGUCCUCCAUGGUCUCCAGCCCAUCCAGCCUGCAGCUGGCCCUUCCAGCCUGCCUGUGCAGUUGGAAAUCUCCAAACCCAGGAGGUGUUACCUCCUCAAGAGGCAGGAUUUGUGCACGCUCAGCUCUCCUGCCCUGCCUGUGUGUUGCUGUUGUGCCUCUCUCUUUCCCCAGUAAUUCUUGCCUGUGUUCUUCCUUGCAGGCCGCACCCGGAGCCUCUUGUCUCUGUGCCGCAUAGCUGUACGGAGAAUCCUUGGCAAAUCCCGCCUGGAGCUGAUCCAUAGCCUUCCCAUCCCAGACCCCAUUAAACAAUUUUUACUCCAUGAACACAGUUAAAGGGCAGCUGGCUGCUUCUGGGGACAGUUUGACUUGGUAAAUGAGUGCCCUGACAGAGCCAGGUACCAAUCUUGCCCCUUUCCCCCUCAUGGAGUGCACAUAAUUCCCUGCUCCUGUUUUUUCCCCUUCAGAUUUAGGGUGCAGUGAUUCCUUGUGUCUUAUCUCCCUGGGGAGAGGCUGCUAAACGUGUGUGGGUAUUGCUGGAGCAAAUACAAUAUAUCCUGCAGCUGUUGGCAAAUGUGUAACCUCUGUUGCUGAUCUGUGUUACACACACACCUGGGGUCUCUGUGGCAUUUCUGAUGGGGAAAGUGUCCCUACUUUACUAUUUUUCCCAUCUCAGCACAUAAAACCAGAAGUUCUUGCCUACAUUUUACUCCAUAUCCCAUGCUAAGGCCAGAGAAAACCCCUGCAGAGCCACGUAAUAGAUCCAUUUUGUUUGCAUCGUGGAAAAAGGAGAAAAAAGGUGUUUUUUUGGUUUUUUUUUUUUAAGAGUUGGCAGAUCUUAUGCUUCUUAUCACAGUGUUGCAUCCAGCAGCCUGGGCUCCUUUGACUUCCAGUGCCUCUUCAUGCCACAAACUCCCAGAAGAGUCAUUCUGCAGGGAUUCAGCAGCCUUUUGUUGGGAUCUCAGGGUCAGCCAGUGAUGUGCUCAGUGCAGAGGAAUCAUUGUCAAAACAGCAGCUUUAGAAGGAUAGAGAUGCUGGUGCCUCAGGAUCUUGGAAAAAGUCUCAGGUGAUAAUUGGUACUUGCUUUAACUUUUCCAAUUCAAGUAAAGUCACUGUGUUAUAAGUUUAUUUUUUUUUUUUGGAUGAUUUUUCUUUGCUAGCUCUUCUUCCCAUGCUCAUCCACCUGGCAAAGGUAAUUUUCCAGAUGUGACCUUAAAUACCAGAGAAUCCCAGCUUGGUUUGGGUUGGAAGGGACCUUAAAACUCACCUAGGUCCAAGCCCCUGCCACUGGCAGAGACACCUUCCACUAUGCCAGGUUGCUCCAGGCCCUAUCCCUGGACCCUAUGGGUUUACCCCGUAGGCCUGAACACUGGUUCCAAAAUCUUUUCCUGGAGACACAAAUAAAUGCAAAAGCAAACCAAAGCAGAGGAUAUUUCCAGACCUUCUCCAGGUGAGGUGCUGUGGGCAGGUGAGGAGGGGCAGUUCUGCACCAUUCCCUUCCCAAGUCUGCAGCUGGUUUCAUUUUUCCCAGCGCUGGCAGUGAGCUGUGCACUGGCUUUAUAGAGGUGUGAACAUGCCUGGGAGAUGCAAACAGGUUGUAAAGCCUCUUGGCACCUUGCUGGGGUAUCCAUAAUGGUUUGCAGAAGUUCACCGUGCUCCCAAGCUCCAGUAUAGGGAAGCAGAAAAUGAGAUGGGCUGUCUUGAGAAAAUGCCAUGGGAACAGCUUUUGGGGUUGGUUUUUCCUUGAGGAUUUUUAGUUGGUUUGUAAAUGGGAACCCCAACGGGGGUGAAGGUGGCAGGAUGGAUGUGAGGAGAUCUGGAAGGACCCACAGGGAUCAUCCAUAGCUCCUGGCUCUGCACAGACACCCCAGCAAUCCCAUACUGUGCACCUCUGAGAGCAUUGUCCAAAUGCUCCUGGAGCUCGGGCAGCCUUGGUGUUGGGACCAUUCCCUGUUCCUGUGCUCAGCAACCCUCGGGAUGGUGCUUCCUCCUGGAAUGAGCUGCAGUGAAAUGCCUCCGUGGAGUAUCAGAGGGUGACCCAAAGAAAUUGAGAGAAUGGACUCAACUCACUGCUUGAUGUAAGUCUGGCUGUAAUUAAAGCUGAGCCUGUUACACUGUUAAUUAGAGAUCCCAUCCAAAGGAUUCCCCUAUGCAUGGAUUUCUCCAGGUCUAAGGAUGAUUCUCCCAGCCCAGUACCAAACCAGUCUGAGGUUCAUCAGUGACUUGGAGAUGUGCAGAAUCAAGGCUUUGGAGUGCCUGGAUCAUCCAUCCAACUUCUGUGUUCACUGAGGGACUUGGCCUCUGGAAAUGGCCAGACCUUUGGCUUGAGGGACUGGAAUGAAUCCAACCUGCGGAUUCUCAUGAAAUUAAGCUCUAAGUGCACAGGAUUCUGUUGGAAUGAAGUCCCUGUGGAGAUUGGUUGCUGUGGCUACUUAAACCCCGCUUUGCUGAGCUGGUUUAAUACAAAGAGAAUUUGGAAUUUUCACUGUAGAAAGAUAAUAAUCUCAAAAUAGAUUAAAGAUAUUCAUAGACUUCAUUGUCCUGUCCUAUAGGGCCAAACCCUACAUCCUCUGCCUUACACUGCCCUUUUAAACCCAGGAAACAAUAGUCUUCCAGUAUGAAAUCUCAAUAAUUCAUGCAUUUCUAUCCUUUCACACUAUAUAAACAGCAUUUCUUUUUAUCUUAGCUUGGACUUCACCAUUCCCUCCUAUGCAGCAAAGCAAUCCAUUUUGUAAAGGUAUUUUUUCCCAUGUUGUCCAUGGGGCAUGUUCAGAUAAUGUAAGUAAAAAUUGAGUUUUGUCAAGUUGUGGGUGGGAAAUUAAACAUUCCUGCAGUGUACAUCCCACACAUUGGAAAAUGCCCAUUAUAUUUGUGCAGAAUAUAUAAAGUAUGUGUGGCGUGGUCUUGCUGGAAGCUUGAAUGGGACAGGAUAAGAAGCUUUGGAAAAUGCUUAGAGAACCAAACCAGAUCUGGAAUCAGCCAAGCUGCUCCAAAGCUGUCUUUUCACAUUGGCUUUCUUGUCUUUGUUGCUAGGGGAGGAUUUCCAGGGCACAGGAUGCUGGUAGCUGGGAUCCAAGUAUCAUUUUCCAGCAGGAAAAUGAUAUUUGGAUCUCCUCUGCAAAAGGUGGGGGAAGGCAUCUGUUGGGUUUAAGUGGUUUUUUGGUUGGUUUUGGAGGUUUUUUUGUUUUGGUUUGGGUUUUUUGCUUGUUUUGUUUGUUUUUUGUUUUUCAGUCCCCGAAGUCAAGUAAAGCCCUUUUUACCCCAAACCAGCCCUUGAGUAACAGUACCUUUUUAGCCCUUCCUCUUCCAGUGAAGAAAACUGUGGCAGGACACAACAGAGGGGACAACAUGCCACUUCCAGAAGUGCUCAUCAGUGCCUAUUGGCUUUUCCCAGGGUCAUGAUGGUUUGGGACAGCAGCAGGAUCAGACCUGAGGGCAGGUGGGAGGUACCUUUGGUGAGCCUGGAUCCACCUGCAGCCCAGUAAAGAGAAGAAUGGCUCUGAAUCUGGGAAACCCUGGAUCCUACCGGCCUUUCCCCGUUCUGUAGCCACUGGAGGGGGCCGGAGAACCGCGGUCCCUGCUUGGGGGUUACCGGGACAGCGUCGGUGCCACCUCCUGCCUUGCCCCUCCUGGGCGAUGUUCAGGGCAUCCUGAAUAUUUUCUGCCUUCACACCGGGCUGAAGAGAGCUCUUUAAACCUCUCAUUUCUGCUCCUGCUCCCUUGGUAGCUCUGGAAAUGCAGCUCCGCAGUUUGUCUUGGCAUGCAAGUAGAUGUAAUUCCUCAAAAUAUUUUGAUUCUUGUAACUUAGCUUUUUUAUUUUGUGUCAUUUUCACUGGAAAACUCCCUACAAGCUUGAGCAGCAAAAGUUUCUGCUGGUUGCUCUGUUUUUCCUGAGGAUUAGCAUGUGUACCUGAGGAUUUAGUUAAUGCAGCUGCCUCCAGGCAAGGGCACAGUCCCUUUUUUAGGAUUCCUGCUUUUUUCUCUUGGGAGAUGUUUGUCUGAUCUGGUGCCAGUGUUUCCUCUGAAGGCAAAACCAGAGUUUUUCCUAAAUUGGAAGUAAAUGAUCAAAUGGUCUGGAACGAUGGUGAUGAAACACAAAGCCAAACAAGCCCUAAUCUUAAAUUUUAACACUUCCAGCCUCAAUAUUUUUCUAAUUUGGAGUGUCUCCCUCCUGCCUCUUCACGCGUUUCCCCCCAGGCCACCUCAAACUGGUACCCACAAGUCAGUGACAGCAUCUCUGUGCUGCAACUUCGAACUGGAGAUUUAUCCUCAAACAGGAGAGAUUUGUGUGUCUGAGCUGCCAGUCUGGGGACAAUAAAGGUGGAAUUGUUUAAAA